AGGGGAAAAUCAUUACCGCUUCACUAGCAUAUUACGUUUCCGUCAACCGUGCCGCAGGCGCAUUAACUUGAAUUUCGCGAGUUCCAUACACAACGGCAGCUAGCAGCAGCAAGCAGGAUAGUAGAUUUAACGGUUCACGGAGUGGUACCCACCCAGUAUCGACAGUUUACUCGCCGACAUCACGUCAGAGAAAAGCAAAAGUGACAUAACCCAAACCCGCACCGGAAGGGUUUUCUUGUUUCCUUUCGGUUUGGUAGUCUGCCAGUGUUGUAUUGUAGGCCGUUUCAUUUCUUAGCUUUCGCGUAUCUUGAGCGACUAUCUAUAGAAAGGAACGUGCUUACCGCCAGUUGCUGAAUCAUCUGUCAGCGAAAAUUUUACCAGCCAAGAGUAAAAUGGUCAAUGCGUACGACAUCUUCGGUGGAGUGUGCGUCUUCAUUGUUUCGGUGCAGCUGCUGAGAAAGGUAUUCCCAUGGAUCUACGAAAACCUCCUUGGUCCGAAGCUGUUCGGUUCGAGCAUUAAGCUGAAGGAAAUGGGCGAAUGGGCAUUAGUCACUGGAGCAACGGAUGGUAUUGGCAAGGCCUACGCAAAAGCACUGGCGAAAAAGGGUCUCAACGUCGUUCUGGUCAGUCGGACGCUCUCCAAACUGGAAGAUGUGGCUAAAGAAAUCGAAACGGAGUCCAAGGUACAAACCAAAGUCAUUCCCAUCGAUUUCACUAGUGGACAGGAAAUAUACGACACCAUUCAAAGGGAGACGGCCGACCUGGAGAUUGGCGUCCUAGUGAACAACGUAGGCAUGAGCUAUGCAAACCCAGAGUACUUCCUUGCCAUCACCGAUCAAGAAAAGUUCAUAGAAAAGUUGGUAACCUGCAACAUUUUCUCAGUCACACGUAUGUGCAAGCUCUUCCUGCCUGGCAUGGUGGAACGCCGAAAGGGAGUUGUCAUUAACAUAUCCUCGCUAUCGGCCGUAAUACCAGCACCGCUACUGACCGUGUACGCCGCCUCGAAAGCGUUCGUAGAUAAAUUCAGUGAAGAUUUAGCAACGGAAUAUGCCAAGCACGGAGUGGUCGUCCAAUCGGUCCUGCCAGGUCCAGUGGCUACCAAUAUGUCGAAAAUACGUCGACCUACCUGGAUGGCGUGCUCUCCGAAAGCAUUCGUAUCCAGUGCACUGAGCACACUUGGAACCACGCGCCAUACAACGGGAUACUAUCCGCACUCGCUACUGGAGCUAAGCAUCGGGCUUAUCGGAUUUAUUUCACCGGCAAUUUCACGAAGGAUAACGCUCAAUACGAUGGAAAAUAUCCGAUCAAGAGCACUUAAACGGACUGCUGCCAAGCAGGAAAACGUUAAAUAGAAUUUAACGACAAGACUGGAACGUUCAAACACCUUCUCUUUUCCUAUCGCUACCAAUUACAUAUAUUGAUUUGGGUAAUUUGUGCGAGUUUUAAGCAAAUUAUUGUCGCAAUGCUGACAACUCAAACACGCGACAAUGACAUUUUCCUCACGACCUGAAUCGCUGAAAUUGAAGAGGCAUACCAAAAUCCUAUUUCUUAUUCUUUCAUCUUGCUAAACUAAGUACCCUAGUACAGGUUAAACUGCAAAUAUAAUUGAUAAUAUAGGAUUAAUUGUUGUAACUUGCUAAAAUAAAAUAAAACAGUUGGUACGAGUUUUAGAUUUUCAAUGCUAAUAACUAAAACUUUAAAGUUGCUUAU